AUGGACUCGUUAUUCAGGUUCAGCAAUGAAUCAUCGAACGCCGCCGCCAGUGGAGGUGCACAAGGACGCGACGAGGCGAAGGUGGAGUAUCUGGGCCCCACGACAUUCGAGGGAGCGGGGAGCAACGAGCUCGAGGUCUUUCAGCAGCAGCAGCUUCGGGGUCUGAAUCAGAAACACGAGAUCACUCAAAGCGCCAGACCACCACCAGCGCCGCCAGCAGCAGCAGCGCCGAGCCGAUACGAGUCGCAAAAGCGACGAGACUGGAACAGCUUCGGGCAGUACUUGCGAAAUCACCGACCGCGCAUCGAUCUGGAGGAGUGCAGCGGCGAGCAGGUGAUCGAGUUCCUGCGCUACUUGGACCAAUUCGGCAAGACCAAAGUGCACGUGCCGAGCUGCCACUACUUCGGAGUGCCGAGCCCCGCGCAUCCGUGCUCGUGCCCUCUGCGCCAGGCCUGGGGCUCGCUCGACGCUCUGAUCGGUCGUCUGCGAGCUGCGUUCGAGGAGAACGGAGGCCACGCCAGCCGCAAUCCCUUCGGCGACCGCGUGAUCCGCUCGUACCUGCGAGAGGUUCGCGAGAAGCAGGCCAAGGCUCGAGGCAUCGCCUACGGCAAGAAAAAGAAGGGCCUUGUCUCUUCGCAGCCUUCCCUGCUUCCCGUGCCCACGGAGCAGGAGCAGCAGCAGCAGCAGCAACAGCUCACGUACGAGCACCAUCAACACCACCAUCAGCAUUUGCUCCCGCAAAUGCCCGCCCAUAUCCACCAUGGAAGCCUGUCCGAUGCGUUCUCGAUCCAUGACGCCGCCUCGAGCUCGGGCUCUCAGGGAUAUCAGCUGGCCUCGUACAAUCCGAGCAAUGGCGCCGUCAGCCUCGUGUCGCGAGUUUAUCCCCCGUUCGAGAUCCAUUCGUUCAUGGAGGAUUUGCCGUGCAGAGAUGCCAGCGGCUGGGCGUGGAAUCCCGUCUGUGGCUAG